AUGGACGGUGUGAAGCAAAAAUCUAAAGUUAAGGAGCCACCAUUUAUGUGUGGGGGGGUGGGUGCAGAAGAGCCCGCCAACCCUGAAGUCCAGGCUCUGUGUGACGUGGUAAAACCUGAGUUUCAGGUAAAAUCCGGGGUUAACGCCGCAAAGUUUAAGGCCGUCUCCUUCAAAUCUCAAACUGUUGCUGGAAGGAACUUCUUUGUGAAGGUGGAUCUUGGAGGAGGUCAGUUCUGUCAUGUGAGAAUAUUCGAACCUAUGCCUCAUACUGGAGAGAAAGCGAGUCUGAGCGGCUUCAAGUUGGGGAAAAAGAAGGAAGACGCCCUCGGUUAUUUCUAG